AUGGCUUCGAGGAGACUGGUGAAGCUGCUGUUCUUUGAGCUCCUUGAGCUUGCUGCCUUCUCUGUCCCCACGCUGGUGAUAAUGGAACAGUUUGCCGAUGCCUAUCAAAGCACAAGGGGUACACCUGGCAAAGCGCAUUAUUGGCUGAUUGUUUCCUGUUCCAUCGCCUAUGUAUCUUCAGUGACUCUUUUGAUUUGGGUUCCCGUGAAAGUUCUCUUGUACAGGAAACGUCAUCUUUACCAAAAAAUCAAAGGAUGGAGACCUGUUAUGAUGAUGUGUGUAAUCCUCACCACACUUCCCAGCUUCAGCUUCUCUAUAGCAGUGACCAAGGUUCAAAAGAAUAUUAAUGGUUCCACUAGUAUGUUACCUGACCUGCCAGUCUCUUUGGUUCUGACCUGCUUGAUCAUGGUUGAUAUUAUUGAAAAACUCAGGACAUAUCCUCUUAGAGGGAGGCAAAAGAGUAACGAAGACAGGCACAUCCACACGACCAGUUUGCAGCAAAUAAAAACUGUGACGGAUGAAUUGAGGCAAAAUGAAAACCUGACACCUUCGCAGCCAGCCGGGAGGACCCGGCUGUCAUGGCUACCAGGAGCCACAACAGAGGGCUCGACUCCUCAGCUGGAGGGACCCCAAGAGCCCACCUUCAAACGGGGAAUCCUGAGAAUGAUGUCGCAGCAGGAUGUGCGCGCUGAGAUCUUCCUCUGGAGCUUUCUGCUGUGGUCGGACACCAUAGAAAUGGUGCGGGUGGCCGGGCACCCCAAAGUGUACACGUCAGGCUGGGUCUACCCCGUCUACAUCUUCAGUUUCAUUUCUCUUCUUCGAAUGAUACUGACUCCCCGGAACCCGCUUCUGAAUUCCCUGGGCAUCGUGCUCCAGGAUCUACCCUUUAUCUUUGUUAGACUUAGUUUAAUCAUUGGCCUGGGAACGAUCACACCCGUCUUGGGCCUUUGUAAAAAUGUACUCGUGACUCUCUCUUAUGUUUACUUCAAUUACUUAACCAAAUUCAGGAUUUUCUCUCCCUUUGAGGUAUCUUUUUAACAAGGAAAUGUCCCAUAGUCAAACCUCUUUGUUAUGCACAUGCACGCAUUUAUAAUCUUUUUGGGGGGCAGGGAUAAAUUUUUGUGCUAUAGGAAGAAAUGAAGAAUAGAUGCUAGAGAAAAAAACUAUUUUUAAAAACUGUAGCGUAUCAAUUUUUAAAAUGUAUACAAAUGGUGCUAAAUUUAAGCAAAGUUAUAGUCUUCUAAGUUGGUUCCCCUUGAUCUCUAGAAAAUGUUAAUAGUUAAUUUUAGUUACGUAUUCUGCACUUUUUCUAAAAGCACCCUUCAAUAAAGCCUCUUAAAAAUUAGAACAUGUUUUCCCACUAAGUUAGUCCAAGAAUGAAAUUUUUUUAUUGUUUAUAUAAAGUGCAUCACAAGAAUUAAUUAGUUAAAAUUAAUUUUAGGAAAUACACUUGUAAUUAUGGAAUAAUGUUUAGAUUCUUUAAAAACAUUUGAAUUGUAGUUUUAGGGUCUCCUUCAAAUAUGGAAUUAUGCUCCUUAUUCUGCUGUGACAAGCGACUUUUAUGUAAUCAAUUGGUUUCAGCAUAGAAAGCAGUAAAUUUAGUUUCAGACAUUUGACUCAGUUUAAUAUAAUGAAGUCAAGGUACACCAGUAAGACCUAGAUAAAGUUUUAUAAUAGGAAGCCAUUAAUUGAAGAGGGAGAUUUCAAAGUAGAAGAAUAUUUUAUUUGCGGAAUUGGAUACCAUCAUGAAAACAGUCAGGUACAAGCCCUGUUUAAAAUUAGAAGUUCAACUUACAAAUAUAACAGCAAAUGCAUUAGUGUCUUAUGUGAUAAUAAAUAAUGGUUAUCCUGAUGUUAAAUAAUUAGAUACAGAAUUAUGCGAUUUGCUUUCCUAUGUUGGGAUGCUCUCAGAUACUCAUAGCAGGGGCUAGCCAUUCUGCAUACAUUUUCAGAUGCUAGAAAGAUUUCUGAGAGGCUUAUGUGUGCAGAGUAAUGUUUAACAUAGGCAUUCUCUGCAGUGAUCUGUGAUAACAAAUAGCCUAAAGAAUGGAUAACUGAACUUGCCUGCCACUCCACCAAAUCCCCCAAUCUCACUCUCCCCUUAUGCUUUAUGGUUUUUCCUUACACCAUAAGAGGAGAUCUAUUCACAGUUGUUGAAAGCUUAGCUUCUGGCUUUAUGACUUGGGGCGAAAUCUUUGACUACUGUAAACCCCAGUUUCCACAUCUAAAAGAUGAGUAUAUUACUAAUACUUUAAUAGGGUUAAAUAGUACUUUAUAGGAUUGAGAGGAUUAACCGAGAUAGGGAAUGUUCUCAUUACCUUGUCUGGUGAACUAUAAUAACCCAAUGAAUACUGAGUAUUUUAAUUGUACCCUAAGGAGAAACAGGUAGCUUAAAGCAUUGUUUAAAUUUUCCUGUUUUAUUCUUUUCUGUGUUCUACUUACCCUCUGGGAAUAAUAAUUUAAAUCAUGCAUUUGUGAAAAGUAAAAUAUAAAAUCUUCAGAUUACCUCAGACCAUAAUUUUUCAUCAAGUAGUAUUAUGUCCAGAAGUGAGUAAUCCACUGAAUAUACAGAUUAAAGUUGAAGUAUAUAAGUAUUCAUUCAUCAGGCAUUGGAGUGUCCCUCCUAUGAGUUCUCAUAGAACCCUAACUAUAGCACUUUUUUAAGACUUUCAUUAUGUGUUUUACUUUUCUGAGUUCCCCAUUAAUCUUUAAAUUCCUUAAAGAAAGGCCCAAGGAUAUCUUGUUUAACAAUGUAUCUUUAUCUUCUUCUGUCAAUCCCACAGAAACUUACAAUACUUAUAAUUCUAAAAAAAUUAUCAUAUAAAUAAUUUCUUUCAAGUCAUACCAUGAUAAUCUUCUUUAUGAAGAAGAAUUUAUAACCAAGUAGUUGACUCUAAUAUCCUUAAAUAUGAAAAUAUUUUACAUACAUUUAUAUUUAUCUUUGUAUUGGAAUUUAUAGAGUGAAAAAUGCUCAGAUAAGCUGAAAAGUAUUACUUAUUUGAGUUUAGGAUGCAUUUUGUAUCUAAUAUUUGAAUAUGAAUAUGCCUGAUAUUUUGGAAAGUGGCAACACUUUGUAUAAAUAAUGAAGGCGUAUACAAAAGGCUCCAUGUAGGAGGAAAAUUAUUGAGUAUGUAGUUUAAUUUAAUAGUUUACUAAGGGUGUACACAUGUAUAUAAAGUUCAAGUCUAUGAUAUUUAAUAGGCAUUGCAGCAAAUUUGAAUGAAACAUUGGUAGUUCUACACUGUGUGAUUAAAUGUUAUGCUAUUAAAAUUAUAUUGUAAUUCUCA